AGAAAUAAACGAUCUACAACAAUGAAAUUUUCAUAUUCUUUAUCCCAACGGUUUUCUUUCCCUAUUUUGGCCAUGCAAUUUCUCAUUAUACAUAGUGUUUCGUCACUGAACCUUACUAAUGAGUAUCUCAACCACAAAUGCCUCUUUAAUCAAGGGAAAUAUAACUCUGGAAGUGAGUACGAGAAAAACCUCAACUGGGUCUUCCAUUACAUUCGUACUAGGCCAUUUGAGAAUGUCGGAUUCUCACACACAAGUAAUGGAACAACGACAUCAAAUUUUGCUACCGUCGUUCUCCAAUGUCGUGGUGACUCUUAUGGGUCUAAAUCUUAUGGGUCUAAAUGUCGUACAUGCCUUGACACCGCAAUUUUGGGGUUUCGUAAGAGAUGUCCGAGUAUCAAAGGAGGAAUGAUAUGGUACGACCAAUGUUUUCUCUAUGUUAGUACGAUCGAUAUAGAAAAUCCAAGCAGGAUUAAUUACGAGAAUGUUUUUUCUAUGCACAAUCCAAAUAACGUGAGAGAGGAUGCAAAACUGUUUGCCAAGAGAGUGUUGGAUUUUUUCUCUGAGCUAACACUUAAAGUCGAGAAAACCACCAGUGACGGCUUUCGCAUCAUACUUUACGCAGCAGGGGAAAAAAAGCUCGGGAAAAAUACAUUAUAUGCAAUGGUGCAAUGUCUAGAGCUAACAUUGGAUUGUAAAAAUUGUUUGACAUGGAGUACCACAAAGCUUUUCAAGAAUGGCGACAUUAAACAAGGAGCGAGAGUUUUUGGUUCAAACUGUGAUGUUAGGUAUGAACUAUACCCUUUUCUUAGAUUUGUUAAGCACUUUUAAGGUGGUGUUGAAUACAUCAUCUUUAUAAUUUCAAAUUAUAUUUUACUUACGUUGACUUUUUCUUUUUGCUGAAAUGUAAU